AUGGAGAAGGAUCAGAACCUCUUUCAGGUUUUUUUACCCCUAUCUGUAGACUCAUUACCAGGGAUGGACUGACAACUCAUGGGGCCCCUGGGCAAUAGGGAUCAUGGGGCCCCUGUGUCCUUGCCCAAACUCAAAAAAGCCUAUGAAAAAGGUACCAGGGGCAUCUCAUGGGGCCCCCUACUGACCCUGGGCCCUCGGCAGUGCCUGAGUGCUCCAAUGGUCAGUGCGCUCCUG